AUGUGCUUUUAUUUUUCUAGCGGUUGGUCUAUUGGUUUUCUUGUACGUGAAAUAUUAGAAUCAAUAGAUACGUAUGAUUUAGCUGUUGAACAAUUAGCACAAACACCAAUAAUUGCACCAUGCUAUUUUACUAUAUGUGGAACAAGUCAAUGCAAGACUUUUGGAACUUUAAUAACUCGCAGACAAACAUCUGAAGAAAAUAGAUGUACACUUAUUGAACAUGGUCCAAUCGUACAGGCCAAUAUUGAUCAUUGGAGUUCAAACAAAGACGAAGAUAUUUUAUCAUCGAUACAACGGCGAGCUGUAUCAAAACGUUUCUUGGACAACAUGAAACCAAUGAAUGAAUAUAAAUUAUGGAAGCUUUUAUCUGAAUAUCCAAUAUGCAAUGAAAUAACUAUUUACGGAACAUUUAUGUGUCCAGAAUAUGGCAUAUAUCACACAAGAUAUCCUCAACACGAUCAGAAAUUCCACUCUAAUGAAAACCCUCAUUUUAUUGCACAAUCUGAUUUAAAAAAAAUGAAACGUAAACGGUUAAACCUAAAUUUUUAUUUUAUUGACAAUGAAUACGAGAAAAUAAUAAAUGAUCUUCGAGCACGUCAAUGA